AUGGCUAUGGCUCAACUUGUCGUGAGGAAUGAAGAAAAACCUGUAACCUCUGAAGGAAUAUCUGGCGGAAUGAAAGUGACAUUGAACAGACCAAAGAAGUUGAAUAGCCUAAAUUACGAGCUCAUUGUGCAGCUGCACAAAAUGUUUGAAAUGUAUGAGAAUGAUCCAGCCAUCAAGUUUGUAAUAUUAAAGGGAAAUGGAAAAGCCUUUUGUGCUGGUGGAGAUGUUACGUCUCUCAUGUCGCUCACGAGUGCAGGAUAUUGGAGCUUUGGUGCCAAUUUUUUUCGAAAACAAUACAGUCUAAACUACUUGCUUGGAACCUACAAGAAGCCAUUAAUCGCUCUUAUAAAUGGAAUCGUGAUGGGAGGUGGAGCUGGAUUAUCGAUGAAUGCAACAUUUAGAAUUGUCACAGAGAAAACACUAUUUGCAAUGCCAGAAGCAGCAAUUGGAUCGGUUCCUGAUGUUGGUGCAUCUCAUUUCUUGACGCGCCUUCCUGGUUUUUGUGGUGAAUAUGUGGCACUGACCGGAGUACGAUUGAUUGGGAUUGAAUUGGUUGAAUGUGGUCUUGCAACUCACUUUGUACAUUCAAAGGAUCUAGAUGCACUCGAGAAUGCACUUAGCAUCAUGGAUUCUUCUAACACAACCAACUUGACAAAAAUUUCUGAAGUGAUUAGCAAAUAUGCAAAUGUUGAAGUUCUAUCCCCUACUAAAUUCAGAGCUAAACUGGAAAUUAUCAACCAAUGUUUCUCAAAGGAGACUGUAGAAGAAAUAUUGCUAUCAUUGGAGAAUAUCGCCGCAACCAGCCCUGAAGAAUGGAUUCUUAAUGCCAUAAAGUCGAUCAAGUCAACAUCUCCACUUUGCAUAAAAAUUUCAUUAAAACUGAUGAGACAAGGGCGAUCCCAAAAUCUCGAACAAUGUCUUGCUUGUGAACAUCUUGCCGUUAGUCAUCUUCUACGACGAACAGUGAAUAAUGAUUUUUAUGAGGGUCCUAGAGCAAUGCUAGUGGAUAAAGAUAAAAAUCCGCAGUGGUCUCCAUCAAAACUAGAACAAGUGAAUGAGGAAAUGGUAAGCAAAUGUUUGUCCAUGAUCGAUGAUGAAGAUUGGCAGGCGUUGCAGCUAUCAGCUAGAAGAAACACGAACCACGUUAUUAUGUCAAAGAUCUAG